AUGGUGGCUACAGGCAGAGCCCACCUCGACAGGACCCAGAAAAGGUCCAUUGAUGAGGGGGGCGUGGCAUGGUGCACUAAGGGCCUGGACACUAAGGGCCUGGACACUAAGGGCCUGGACACUAAGGGCCUGGACACUAAGGGCCUGGACACAAAGGGCCUGGACACUAAAGGCCUGGACACUAAGGGCCUGGACACUAAAGGCCUGGACACUAAGGGCCUGGACACAAAGGGCCUGGACACAAAGGGCCUGGACACAAAGGGCCUGGACACUAAGGGCCUGGACACUAAGGGCCUGGACACUAAGGGCCUGGACACUAAGGGCCUGGACACUAAGGGCCUGGACAGUAAGGGCCUGGACACUAAGGGCCUGGACACUAAGGGCCUGGACACUAAAGGCCUGGACACUAAGGGCCUGGACACUAAGGGCCUGGACACUAAGGGCCUGGACACUAAGGGCCUGGACACUAAAGGCCUGGACACUAAGGGCCUGGACACUAAAGGCCUGGACACUAAGGGCCUGGACACUAAGGGCCUGGACACUAAGGGCCUGGACACUAAAGGCCUGGACACUAAGGGCCUGGACACUAAGGGCCUGGACACUAAGGGCCUGGACACUAAGGGCCUGGACACAAAGGGCCUGGACACUAAAGGCCUGGACACUAAGGGCCUGGACACUAAGGGCCUGGACACUAAAGGCCUGGAAACUAAGGGCCUGGACACUAAAGGCCUGGACACUAAGGGCCUGGACACUAAGGGCCUGGACACUAAAGGCCUGGACACUAAGGGCCUGGACACUAAGGGCCUGGACACUAAGGGCCUGGACACAAAGGGCCUGGACACUAAAGGCCUGGACACUAAGGGCCUGGACACUAAGGGCCUGGACACUAAAGGCCUGGAAACUAAGGGCCUGGACACUAAGGGCCUGGACACUAAGGGCCUGGACACCAAGGGCCUGGACACUAAGGGCCUGGACACUAAAGGCCUGGACACUAAGGGCCUGGACACUAAGGGCCUGGACACUAAGGGCCUGGCCCGCCUGGACACUAAGGGCCUGGACACUAAGGGCCUGGACACUAAGGGCCUGGACACUAAAGGCCUGGACACUAAGGGCCUGGACACUAAGGGCCUGGACAUUAAGGGCCUGGACACUAAGGGCCUGGACACUAAAGGCCUGGACACUAAGGGCCUGGACACUAAGGGCCUGGACACUAAAGGCCUGGACACUAAGGGCCUGGACACUAAGGGCCUGGACACUAAGGGCCUGGACACUAAGGGCCUGGACACUAAGGGCCUGGACACUAAAGGCCUGGACACUAAGGGCCUGGACACUAAAGGCCUGGACACUAAGGGCCUGGACACUAAGGGCCUGGACACUAAGGGCCUGGACACUAAGGGCCUGGACACUAAGGGCCUGGACACUAAGGGCCUGGACACAAAGGGCCUGGACACUAAAGACCUGGACACUAAGGGCCUGGACACUAAGGGCCUGGACACUAAAGGCCUGGACACUAAGGGCCUGGACACAAAGGGCCUGGACACUAAAGGCCUGGACACUAAGGGCCUGGACACUAAGGGCCUGGACACUAAAGGCCUGGACACUAAGGGCCUGGACACUAAGGGCCUGGACACUAAGGGCCUGGACACUAAGGGCCUGGACACUAAGGGCCUGGACACUAAGGGCCUGGAAACUAAGGGCCUGGACACUAAGGGCCUGGACACUAAGGGCCUGGACACUAAGGGCCUGGACACUAAAGGCCUGGACACUAAGGGCCUGGACACUAAGGGCCUGGACACUAAGGGCCUGGACACUAAGGGCCUGGACACUAAGGGCUUGGACACUAAGGGCCUGGACACUAAGGGCCUGGACACUAAGGGCCUGGACACUAAGGGCCUGGACACUAAGGGCCUGGACACUAAGGGCCUGGACACUAAGGGCCUGGACACUAAGGGCCUGGACACUAAGGGCCUGGCCCGUGACAAGAGAAAAACAACUUCAAACCACAGUUGA